GUUGCAUCGUGGAGUUGUCAAGCUCUACAACAACCUCCCCUCACUCCACGAAGCCGAUAUACAAACCUUCGCCAUGCUGUCGGCUCUUGGAAACCCGCGGCAAGCUGCUGCGCAGCUCAUGAACUUUGCGCUCAUCCUCUCUACGGCCUUCAUGAUGUGGAAAGGCCUUUCCGUUAUCAGCGACUCGCCAUCCCCGAUCGUCGUCGUUCUAUCUGGCUCUAUGGAGCCCGCCUUCCAGCGAGGUGACCUACUCUUCCUCUGGAACCGAAACCUACUACAGGAGACCGAGAUUGGCGAGGUUGUCGUUUACAACGUCAAGGACAAGGACAUUCCUAUCGUGCACCGAGUUGUACGCAAGUUUGGCAAGGGCGACACCGCUCAGCUUCUCACCAAGGGAGAUAACAACCUUUCGGACGAUACCGAGCUCUACGCCAAGAACCAGGACUACCUCGUACGAAGUGACAUUAUUGGAAGCGUUGUGGGAUACAUGCCAUUUGUCGGUUACGUGACGAUUCUUCUGUCGGAAUACCCUUGGCUCAAGACAGUGAUGUUGGGAAUUAUGGGUCUUAUGGUGGUUCUACAGCGAGAAUAAAUGGUGUAUGUGACGGGAAGAUCUUGGAUAUUGUAUACAAAACAAGCGUUUGCUUUGUCGCCGAAGUAGCGCCAAGAGACGAUUCGAUUGAUACCCUUUGCAUCAAAUUUCAC